CCGCAGCCCAGCUGAACAGUGGAGCACGGAAACCCCGUGGUGGUGGUAAAGAGGGUAAAGAGUUGUAUGGAGACUCCGUACGAGAGGUGCAACGUAAUUACGGUCCCCUGGGCCCCGGUUCUUUUCUCUCCCUCUCCCCGACAACCCUCAAUCCUCAAUCCUCAGCACUCCAACCAAGCCACCCGACUUCCCAACUUCAGCUUCCCCUUCCUCAUCGUCAACAACAACUUCCUCCCCACUAAAGUCUCUUCUCUCUUGCGCCAAUUUCAUUCUUGUGCUGUCUUCGCUCUUCCGAAACGCUCGAGCCUCUCCGUGAACCCGAUCAUGUUUAUCCGUUGAAAACCCUCCAUCUUGCCACGCCCUGGCCUGGCCGCCAUCUCCGGUUGAGAUCAACUCUUACCCCGACACGGGUCGUCCAACUUCACCUCCUCCUCCUGCUCUUUCCUCCCGUUCUGAUCCGCUGGCUCGCGGUCCGGUUCGCAACUUUUUUAGGGCCCCUCCACCAAUAAGGGCCAUUGCCGUCACUUUGGGUUGCCGGCCCACGCAGAGCUCACGUCACCCCCGUGUCGUGAAGAAAUCUCUCCACGCUCUUGCACCUUUGGCAUAAAGAAAACCAUGCCGUCUUUCUCGAGUGAAUCCUACCAGACGGCUACGGCAACCACCACGACAACCCAAACCCCCCGCUCGUUCGAUUCUACGCAUCGCAAGUCGCACGACAAAAGCUCCGUCGGAAACACUUUCCUGUGGACCAACUGGCCCAACGGCGACGCUAACCACGACGCUCACCCGAACGAUCGCCCAGUGAUCACCAAUCUAAAGAACGGUAGCGCAUAUUCUCUGAAUGGCACCCGGUCCAGCAUCGGCUCCUAUACGCGCGACCUGCCGCACUCCAAGGACGGCAGCAUGCACUCGCUGGGCAAUGGCUCGGUUAGGGAUCCCCGAGACUCUGGCCGGUCACCGGCCAUGUUAGAUCGAAAACCAUCAGAUGCUGGGCCUGGAGCCGGCUCCACGAUAGCGCCAGCUUCAAACCAACAGGUCAAUGGUGGCCCUACGACCUGGAGCCACCGAUCUGCCCCGGGAAAGACGAUGAUGAAUGGUGACUCUCACCGCCCUUCCGCAGAUGAACCCUCAGUUUCAGAUCGGGCUACCAGCCCAUCGACAUCGCUACUGCAGAUUCCCAAUUCCGAUGACACCGGUCGUCACUCUCCAGACCCGGAUCGAUUGACCCCGGGCCCGAAACCCAGCCAUCACCGAUACUCUUCCCCCCCGGCUCCCUCAUCUCCAGACAACACCCUUAUGCCAGAAUCACAACAAUCCAGUAUGCGGCAUCGACACUCGCUACAAGUUCCAAGAGCACCAAGUGGUCGGCGGAACAGUCGGGAUCAAGGCGAAGAUACUGCAUUCGCCAGCGGCCGACUCUCCCCCACCUCGGCCGGACCGCGCAGAACGUCAUUCAGCCUGAUCCGACGGACAACAAGAACACAGUCAGAACCCGUGGAUGAGGCGGUACCGGAUGAGGAAGCGGCGCGCUGGGCGGAAGCCAUCAAACAAAAACGAGCUUCACGGCGACGACGCGAGGACGACGACGACGAACGAGUGAUUGUCGGUACCAAAGUCGACCAGAACCAUGUCAACUAUGUCACUGCAUACAACAUGUUGACUGGUAUUCGGUUUACAGUCUCUCGGAUUAAUGCCAAGAUGGACCGGGAACUGACACCCGCAGACUUUGAAGCUAAGCACAAGUUCUCCUUUGACAUUACUGGCAACGAAUUGAUUCCCUCCGCAAAAUACGACUUCAAAUUCAAGGACUACGCGCCCUGGGUGUUCCGUCACCUGCGUGCCAAGUUCAACCUCGAUCCUGCCGACUACCUGAUGUCUCUGACCAGCAAGUACAUCCUGUCUGAAUUAGGCUCGCCCGGAAAGAGUGGCAGUUUCUUCUACUUUUCGCGCGACUACAAGUACAUCAUCAAGACUAUCCACCAUUCUGAGCACAAACUUCUGCGGAAGAUUUUGCCACUGUACUACAAGCACGUACAAGAGAAUCCCAACACCUUGAUCUCGCAGUUCUACGGUCUGCACCGAGUGAAGAUGGCGUACGGCCGCAAGAUCCACUUCGUUGUCAUGAACAACUUAUUCCCCCCGCACCGCGAUAUUCACCAGACAUUUGAUUUGAAGGGCUCGACUAUCGGUCGUGAUUUGCAGGAGUCUGAUCUGGAGCGAAACCCUCGGGCGACUAUGAAGGAUCUGAACUGGUUGCGCAGAGAUCGUCAUCUGCAAUGUGGACCCGAAAGGCGAUUCGACUUUAUCGAGCAAUUGACCAAGGACGUGGAGCUGCUUAAGAAGCUCAAGAUCAUGGACUAUUCACUGCUUGUUGGCAUCCACGACGUGGAGCGCGGCAACGAAGAGAAACUCCGUGACAAGACGCUUCAAGUCUUCCAGCCUGGCGGUGAUCGUGAGGAAGAGGCCAAGGGCAACAUGCUCAUGCGAACGCCGUCGAAACUCGAGAACGAACGCAAGGCCCGUGAAUUGCGCAUGCUGAUCAAGCGUGAGCGACCGGUGCCCUUGGACAAAGCCGCAGCGAAGAUGCCAGAGGAGGUCCUCGAUUCUCGAAAGAAGAAUCUGAAAUUCUACUCUGACGACGGCGGGUUCCGCGCCACCCACGAGGACGGCACCUUUGGCGACGAGAUCUACUACCUCGGCAUCAUUGACUGCCUGACGCACUACGGUAUGGUCAAGAAGAUCGAGAACUUCUUCAAGGGCCUUUCCCACGAUCGAAACCAAAUCUCUCCGAUUCCGCCAGAGAGCUAUGGAGAUCGAUUCGUGAACUUUGUCAAGGGCAUCACCAUGUCCAAGGAGGAGGCCGAGCGACGACGUGAGUCGCAGGCGUCUGCAGUGGUCUUGAAUGAGAAACAUCAAUCCCGGUCUUCCUCUGUGGAGCGCACGAUGCAGGCAGCCGAGAAGGAGGCGGCGAAGGAUGUGUCGGUCACCCACCCUCGCACUUUGGCUACCGCUUGGGAUCCUGCCGAUGCAGCCGGUCCAGGCCCAACCUCUACCUUGCCUAUCGUCGAGGAAGCUGGCGAAGCAAGCAGCGUUGGCGGUCACAGCUCGCACAGCCGACAGGGCCGUCGAUUGUCGGAUAAGGAUCUACCUUCCCUGCCAAUCGACGAGCGUCCAGCCACCUCUACCAAGGGCAAGGAAAUCGACCGGGGCGAAAAUUACCUCGCCAGUAAGCGCCAGCGAUAAUCCCUCUUUUCCCCUCACGAGCCUUGUGCCUUGUCCAGUGAAGUGUCAGCGAUCCAGUUCUCGCAAGCGAUGCAUUCCAUGUUUUUUCCGCCUCUCGUCUUGUUUUUUUGUUUCCAAUUCAGCGAGAUAUCCCAAUGUUGCUCGAUAGACCCGUUGUGUUUUCCCUCUUAUUCCCUCCUAUCCCCGUCUCAAAUCCGUCUCUCCAUCGCUGCAUGAGCCACUUACGGGUCGCUAUUCCCCCCCCCCCCCCCCCCCCCCCCUAUCCCUUGUUAUCUGCUUGUCCAUGCUGUGCUGUGCUCUGCUCUGCCCUCUCAAUUGAUCUACUUGCAACCAGUGCGUUUCCCUCAAGAGGCGCUGAUGUUCACGAGUGACGUGUGUAUAUUUCCUGUUGUUGAGCGUCUCCCAUCUCCGUCUGUCUAUCCCGUGUUAUCUAUCUCAUGCGGUCUCCAUUCUGUGUCGAGUGGUACGCAGCCAGUACGAAAAGGGAUUCAAGAUCAACUCGGUUUCUUGUUUCCUGUACCUCAUUCCACUGCCGCUAUCUCUUUGACCCGUGCACCUGCAUUAUCACACUGUCUCGUACUUGAUUCCAAGACUCACCUUGUACCACCAACGAAUCCCCCCACCUCACUGUCAUUAUCAUGGAAUGUCCGAUUCACCCGGCAUAUCCAUCAACCACGUUCUCUCCAUAUAUCACAUCACAUGCCGACAGUCGCUGUCACGUCUUUCCUAUCUCACUUUUCCUACCGUCUUGCCCUGUCUUAAGUGUUUUGCAUUUUCAAUUGAGCAAUCUCUCUCAGUCUCAACAUCCGUCUUUCACUCCAGCCCCUUCGCGGCAAAACCCGCUCUAUCGCGGUCCUUCUUUUUUCUCUUCUCCUUACUACUCCUCCAUUUAGUGGUCUUCCACAUCCAAACCUUUCCUUUCCCUAUUUUCUUUUUCAACCCUUCCAUUCCUGGUAGGCUUUCCUUCUUCUUUCUCGUAUUAUCCUUUUUGCUUGAGUCUAUCUUCCUGUGAGACAAGCUUUACUCCAUACCCUGUAUCAAUUCACUAUACCACUUUUCUUUUUGUUCAUGCCUCUUGACUUUGCUUGUCCUCGUCCUUGUUCGUACCCAUGGGUACGUGUUGAGCGCACCGCUUAAGCUGGACACGGUCCAGCUUUCAAGGGUGCUGUUGCCCCGUUAGAGAAACCGUGAUGUGCUUAUCUGCGGCAGACAUCGAGACGGAUUGGAUACGGUUAGAAUCAUACUAGAUUUGAACGUGGCGCUUUCUUCGUUGUGGG